AUGUCUCCUUCUCUCUCUUCAUAUCCCACACCUCUACGAUUAUUAUUAUUAUUAUUAUUAUUAUUCUUCUUAUUGGCCUCCGUGGCCACCGCUGAGGACCCCGGCGCCGCGAUGGACGGCGUGCUCGAUCUCACCAGCGCCAACUUCGAGGCGCACGUCGGCAAAUCGGCCCCCGCCCUCGUCGAGUUCUACGCGCCGUGGUGCGGCCACUGCAAGAACAUGGCGCCGGAGUACGCGCGGCUCGGGCAGGCGGUGAAGGCCGCAGGGGCGACGGAACGCGUCGUGGUGGCGAAGGUGGAUGCGACCCAGCAACGCGAUCUCGCCACGCGAUUUAAUGUCGGGGGAUAUCCCACACUCUUGUUCUUCGCGGCGGGAUCAACCACACCGGAGUCGUAUUCGGGUAGCAGAAGUGCAGAGUCGUUUGUUUCCUUUUUGAAUGGAAAGGUUUCUGGUCUUAAUCUUGCCUUACCGCGGGAACACUCCUAUGCGAGGGAAUUGGAUCAAUCUAACUUUGAUGCGGUUGCGAUGGAUCCUUCUAAACAUGCGUUUGUGAUGUUUUACGCACCCUGGUGUGGGCACUGUAAGAAUUUACAUCCCAUUUAUGAACGUUUGGCAACUGUGUUUAAGGAUGAGCCAGAUCUCGUGAUUGCAAAGUUAAACGCAGAUGAUUCUGAUAAUGCAGCUGUACGAUAUCGUUACAAGGUGGAUGGUUUCCCAACACUUGUUUUCCUCCCAAAGGGAAAGAAACAGGAACCCAUGUACUAUAAUGAGGAACGUGAUUUGGAAUCUCUUGUUACCUAUAUUAAUGAAAACACAGGGAAAGAUCGUCUCUCUUCUGGCGAACUUAACAAAUCGUUUGGUGUUUAUUUGGAUAUCUCAGCUCUUUUACGAGAUAUGAUUUCAGGAAAAAAAUCAGAAGAAGAGAAAAAGAAACUCUUUGAGCAGGUUAAGGAAAAAGCAAAUGAAUUAACUGGAGAGUCCGCUAAACAAUAUCAUCGUAUCAAUGAAAAAGUAUUGGAAUCAGGUGAGGAAUUCGUUGAUAAGGAGUUGGCACGUCUUCAGCGUAUACUACAGGGUAGUGUAAGUGCUGCGAAACGUGAUGCCAUGACCAUUCGUGCCAAUAUUCUCAGAUCCAUAAAGGAACUGUAA